AUGGACAGCAAGCACGUUGUGUACCGCCACUUCAAAGUGCCGGCCGACAGCGUUGGCGAGAACGACACCAAGGUGUGUGCCUACUGCAACUUCAAGUUCGCUGGCGGGGUUUACCGCUGCGCGCAGCAUAUCACCGGCUGGAACGGCAUGCGCCGUCGCGAAGUGCAUCUCUGCACUGCAGCGCCGAAGACUGCACGUGACACCGUGAAGGCGCUUUACGAGUCCAAGUUGAAGGCCCGUGAAGAGAAGCGUGCGGCUGAAAUUGCGGCGGUCGGCGCAGUCAACGGCGGAGGUUCGGACAAGAAGAAGAGUCGAAUGUCCGACUUCUACGGCGACGACGCCGCUCUCAAGCGCCAGCGCAUUGAGGCGGCUCUCGCUCCUAUCUCAGCAAGCUGGCGCCGUGAUGGUGUCACCGUGGCAAGCGACAUGUUCUCUGACAAGGCCGGCCGCCCGCAAGCCAAUGUGCUCCUCAUCAACGAUAGCGGAGCGGUGUUCGUGGAGUCGAUCGACACCAAGAUGGAGAUGAAGACCGGCGGCUACGUCGCGGGCAUCUUGCGCCCCAUCAUCGAGAAAGUUGGCUCCGAGAACGUCGUCGCCUUGUGUUUUGACGGCGGCUCCAAUUACGCGGCGGCAUGCAGGGAGUUGAUGACGGAGUAUCCCCACAUCGAACACAUCCCUUGCGCGACCCAUGUCCUUGAUCUCUUGAUGGAGGACAUCGGGAAAAUGGGAUGGGGGAAGGACAUCGUCACGCGCGGGGACACCCUCAUCUCGUUCGUCCGCAACCAUCACUUCACCCGUGGAUACAUGCGGAGCGAGCUCAUGAACGGCGGCAAGGGGAAGCAGGUUCUCAAGCCCGCGGGAACCCGAUUCGGCACCAACUACAUCGCCAUUAACCGCCUCUGUGAAGUGCGCGCCGGCCUGACGCAGAUGGUCCUCAGCGAUGAGUGGUGCGAGUGGACAACGGCUGCAAAGAGGGUUGGGGCAGAUACCUUCAAAGACAACAUCCUCGAUGCCACGUGGUGGAUGAGCGCCGAGUUCUUUGCGAAGCUGAUGAAGCUCCCGUUCGUCGUCAUGCGCAAGACUGACUCGGAUGCGAAGGGCAUGAUGGGCCGUCUCUACGACCUUAUGCUCCAACUCACCGAGGACAUCCGCGACUUCCUUGACAAGCAUGCGGAAGGGGUCCUGUCAAGGGGAGAGGUGGGGGAGAUUCAGAAGAUCGUGCAGGCCCGCUGGGACAAUGGGCUGGCGUGCAACAUGCACGUGGUUGGCCGCAUCCUUAACCCGACCAACCAGGAAGAGGGCAUCUUCCGCACCGACCUGGAGUGCACGAGGGUCUUCAAACAGUACGUGUCCAAGCACUACGACGACCAGACGGUCACCAAGAAGGACGGGGUCGAGCGCCGCGCCUCUCUCGUCAUCCAGGAAGGCCUCAACGCCUUCCUCAACCUCCAAGGCAGCUUCGACAUGCCCGCCGCUCUUGCCGACCGUGAGGCAGUGAAGGAGGGCAAGAUGACCGCGGCCUGGUGGUCGUGGCACGGGACCGAACAUCCGGAGCUCACCACCAUGGCUUGCCGCGCCCUCACGCAGCCGGUGUCCGCGUCACCAUGCGAGCGGAACUGGGCGAAGUUUGAUGCCGUGCAUACAGCACGCCGGAACCGGCUCGACGCGGAGAAGCUUCGGGACCUCGUGUACGUGACGCACAAUUGGCAGGUUGUGCAUAACUGGCACAAGGUCCCUGAAGGGCAGCGGGUGGUGAAGGGAAACAUCGAGGACCCCCCCACUCCGACUAGCUACAACGUCGAGGAGGAGGUGGAAGAACCUGAGGUGGGGGAGGAUGAUGUGAUGGCCGAUGAGUACUAG